AUGCCGGCAAGCUCAGCGUUUGUUCUGCUACCGCCUCGAGGAUACGCGACGAUUUACGCUGCAACUCGUUGUGCACUCCAUAAAAAAGCCUUCUUACCCAAGGCCGGGCUACACAGAAUUUCAUCCCUCGCUAUGCUCUCCCGGGCAAACAGAGACUUCGAGGCCAAGCGACCCAGCGAUCCGGUAGCUCCAAAACCUCUACUUGCCCGGCAGUUGUUCCCAUCCAGCAGCCCUGUCCAACCUCAGCAGAGCGAGAAUGUUGUCGAACAGUUGAGGAGGGGCGUGCCUGCUCACCCCGUUGCUCUCUCGUCUCGAACACCCAACGUCCCUAACAAGACAAACCAACAAAGGACCUCUGGUAUCAAUGGGAUCGGGUCAGGAAACAGACAGUCGUUUGCCACACUAUGUCACAACACAGAGUCUUUUCGAGAGGAGCCACACAUUAUAAGCCUCUUGGACGACGAGAAUGGCGCGCAAAAGUCUCAGCCAACAAGCUCUGUGUUCAUAGCAGAUGGCGACUUGAGUGACGAUGACAAUCUAGACUUGGAUUUUGAGCAGCCAUCUGCCUUACCUACAGUUCCCGCCCAUACAGGUGUCUCGAGACAGACUGUAACGGCAACUGCUCAACCUAGUGCGGAUGCCCCUCCGCCUAGCAGUCUUCUGUCUUGGUCACAAUCUUCUCCGUCCCACUACGUGGCACCCCGCCUGCCCUCGCACGAUAUACAGUUGAAGCGGAAAUCAGAGGUUGUCGAUUCCGAGCCUCCGGUUCCAGUUGCGAAGAAGAGGUCUUUGCCGAAGAGCUGGGGACGCGCAACAAGCCCCUCGGGGGGAGAUAGAGCUGGGGUGUCUGGAUAUGCGACACCGGUCGUGAAGUCACAAUCGAGCAAGUUACCAUGGGACACAACUGCUAGUGCUGUCAAGGCACAGAAGAAACAGCUUCGAGACCAGCUUAAGAGGGCCCCAUCAACAGCAUCGCAUAUCUCAUUGGAUGAUAUUGAGAAUGUUGUCAAUGAUCAUGUGACUGCGACCACAAAAGCGACGAAAAAUUCGGCUGUAACACUCAGUAACGAACAGCGACAUGUCAAGGAUCUGGUCUGCUCACGCAGCCAGAGCGUCUUCUUCACUGGUCCUGCAGGUACGGGAAAGUCGGUGUUGAUGAGAGCAAUAAUCGAGGACCUAAAGAAAAAAUGGAAGAAAGACCCAGAUCGCCUGGCUGUUACCGCCUCGACUGGUCUGGCAGCAUGUAACAUCGGUGGCAUGACCCUGCACAGUUUUGCUGGCAUCGGUCUCGGAAAGGAAGAUGUAACGACACUGGUCAAAAAGAUCCGCAGGAACCCCAAAGCCAAGAACAGAUGGCUCAGGACAAAAGUCUUGAUCAUUGACGAAAUUUCCAUGGUUGACGGCGAUCUCUUCGACAAGCUAUCUCAAAUCGGGCGUAUUAUCCGCAACCACGGUAAAGCAUGGGGUGGUAUCCAGCUUGUCAUCACUGGCGAUUUCUUCCAGCUUCCGCCUGUUCCAGACGGUUCCGACAAGCGGGAUAUCAAGUUCGCGUUCGAAGCCGCAACUUGGAACACGUCCAUCGACCAUACCAUUGGCUUGACUGAAGUCUUCAGGCAAAAAGAUCCAGCCUUCGCCAACAUGCUCAACGAGAUGCGACUGGGAAAGAUCAGCGAAAAGACCGUGGCCAACUUCAAGAGUCUCGAGAGAGAACUUCGUUUUGACGAUGGCCUCGAAGUCACUGAGCUGUUUCCCACGCGAUCGGAGGUCGAAAGAUCAAACAAUCUGCGAUUAGCCGCUCUCAAAUCGAAGACCUAUCGAUACGAUGCUCAGGACUCGGGAGAUCCUAACUUCAGAGAUAAACUCCUGCAGAAUAUGAUGGCACCCCAGAAAUUGGAGCUGCGAAAGGGCGCGCAGGUGAUGCUCAUCAAAAACAUGGAUGAGACUCUAGUCAACGGAUCCCUUGGAACGGUCGUUGGCUUCAUGAGCGAAACAGCCGCCAGUAUUGGUGGCAUCAGCAGCCAUGGAGGAUUGGAUGGCGAAGAGGAACCAAUAAGCGAGGAUGUGCGGAAGAGGAUCAAGGCCUUCGGCCGGGAACUUGAAUCCAGCUCCACUGACAAUAAGGAGUAUCCCGUUGUUACUUUUCACGGCGCUGACGGCACACCAAGAUCUCUCCUCAUGGUGCCGGAAGAGUGGAAGUCGGAGUUGCCCACGGGCGAGGUGCAGGCCUCCCGGAAGCAGGUGCCCUUGAUUCUAGCAUGGGCACUAUCGAUCCACAAGGCGCAGGGUCAGACGCUUGAGCGAGUUAAAGUUGAUCUGGGCAAGAUCUUCGAGAAGGGCCAAGCUUACGUCGCACUGAGUCGAGCCACCAGCCAGGAGGGCCUACAGGUGUUGAAAUUCGACAAGAACAAGGUUAUGGCUCAUCCACGCGUUGUCCAGUUCUACAACAAGCUUUAUAGCGUAGAGACUGCCAUGAAGGCAGGCGGGACCAAGUCUGCCUCGACACCUCAACCUGGCGCCGGGGCAUCUGGAUCCCGGUCAGUUACGAGUUCCCGAGGUGCCGUGACUGGAUGGGCGAUGUCAGCUAGCGGGUAGCUUGGGUUCCUUGGGAGAGCCAAACAUUUGUAAUUUUUGUCCUGGAGAAAAGGGUUGCAUGAUUCGGCCGGCCGGCGG